AUGGGGAUUUAUGGGAUGGUUACAGGGAAAGCAGGAAAGAGUGGAUUUGGAUCAGCUUCAACAGCUGAAGAUGUUACUCAUACCAUUGAUGCUAAUCAUCUUACUGCCAUAAUCACAGGUGGAACAAGUGGGAUUGGAUUGGAGGCAGCAAGAGUGUUAGCAAUGAGAGGAGCUCAUGCCAUCAUCGCUGCAAGAAACACAAAAGCUGCUAAUGAGUCCAAAGAGAUGAUUCUUCAAAUGAACCCUAAUGCUCGUAUCGAUUUUCUUCAGCUCGAUCUCUCUUCGAUCAAAUCCGUCAGAUCUUUCGUCCAUCAAUUCCUUGCCCUUAAUCUUCCUCUCAACAUACUCAUAAACAAUGCAGGUGUUAUGUUUUGUCCUUUCCAGCUCACUGAAGAUGGGAUUGAAUCACAAUUUGCAACAAACCAUAUUGGUCAUUUUCUGUUGACGAAUUUGCUUCUGGACAAAAUGAAGAGCAGCUCGAGAGAAAGUGGAAUCGAAGGAAGGAUUGUGAAUUUAUCAUCUGUUGCUCAUACUUAUACUUACUCUGAAGGUAUCAAGUUCGAUAGCAUCAACGACCCUGAUGAAUACUCAGAGAAAAAGGCUUAUGGACAGUCCAAAUUGUCAAACUUAUUGCAUUCCAAUGCACUCUCUCGCAGACUAAAGGAAGAAGGUGUAAACAUCACAGUGAAUUCGGUACAUCCUGGACUUGUCACUACUAAUCUCUUCCGUCACUCCGGUUUAGGAAUGAAGGUUUUCAAGGCAAUGAGUUUCUUCUUGUGGAAAGACAUACCUCAGGGAGCAGCAACAACAUGUUACGUGGCACUUCAUCCUAACAUGAAAGGGGUCACCGGAAAGUACUUCGCCGACUGUAACGUCACCACUCCGAGCAAAUUUGCUACGGACAAUUCUCUCGCCGAUAAACUUUGGGAUUUUAGUGUCAAGCUCAUUGAUUCUCUUCCUUAA